AUGAACAGAAAAGCUCUUGAGCGACUGAAAUGCGGCAGCAAGAGAAGAGAGAAAAGAAGCACCCCGGCCAUAGCGCAGAUAAUCUUCGGAGAAAAGACCACUUUUAUAGCCUUUUCAAAAAGAAGCAACUUGUGCACCAUUAUUAAGAAAUCGCUAAUUGGCCUGGCGUCUUCCCUCCAGUCGAGCUGCAUGCCUGUGUGCGAACAGGAAAUUGACUUGGUGGACUACCCAGAGUUUCUAUUUUAUGUGGAAGACUACGCAGGAAGGAAGAUCUUCCUCAACACCCGGGAGAACGAGCUUUCAAAUCUUUUGAGGUUCUUUUCUUACAAACUGACAAUCCAUGUGUACUUAUCUGGGUCUCUCGGAGAUGCAUCCAUUGAAACUUUGCGGAACUAG